AUUACCGCAAAAAACACAGGAGAAGUUGAGAUUUACUGAACAAAAUAUAAACAGGGCCGAUUGCUUAAUGUCGGCACAGAUAGCUAGCAACUUUAUUUGUAGGCUAAAAUAAUCAUUCCAUUCAAUAAUAACAGCCUAAUGUUGUUGUUGUCAUAACAAGGCAAUUUGACAGGAACCUACCAGCCGAGGACCAUGGCGGCGGUAACAACGAAACAUAACGAUAUGACAGUAAUGUAAAAUAAUGGAGAAUAUUCAUACAACGUAAUUAGAAACACCGCUGCCAUUUUUUUUUAUCUUGGCUGAAGAUAAAUAAACGAAUGUAUGAUUAAACCCGUGGAGAAAACAAUAUUCGUAUACUUCAAAGCAGUUACUUCCGUCUUUCAACUACGGUGGCCAGUGCACCAUCUGCCCCUCAUGCGCAAUCUUUUCGCGCAUUUGGGAGGAGGAGCACGUAGCCUACCAUUGUAAUAAUGUUAUAAGCAAAUCGCAGAUAGGCAUGCGAAUAGAAUAAGUGAACAGGUAAACCUACUGGCAGUGACAAAAUGGGUCUCUGAGUAGUAGGAUAUCUAUCAGUAAUUUCAAAAAGUCUCAAAUUUUGUAGCCUAUAUCUGGGUACUGAGUGGAUGAACCGGCUCAAAGAUGGUGGCAUUUGCAGUAAUCAAGGAGAAGGUUUGGAAACCGUUAGUCCUGGACCUUUGAUGACUGUCAAUCAAAGGUCAACAAGAGGCGCAGAAAUAAAUACGUUUGAGAACGUAGGACAUAUUGUUUUUUAGGGAACAAACUGUUGAUUUUUUUUUGUCAAGUCAUGAGCAAUUUUAAGGACAUUAAGUCGACUACCCGUCGACUGAGCUCGGAUAAUAAUUCCGUGAGCAGCAAUGACUGGGAUAUGGCCAAUGAUGUGUUUGUGUCCUGCUACGAGGAACCGAUGGGAGAGACUAUACACGGGGCGAUGGACUCGGUCCAGUCCGGCUUGGAAAUGCACUUGCCUCCGUUGCUGCUAGGCGAUCACCGUUUAUCUCAAGACGGCAUGAUAUUGGGCCUAGUGGAGGAAACUUACUCGGGCUAUCACUCUCUCCCCGACUCAGGGACAGGCUAUUUGGACAUCACAAACGACCUGAAGUACACCGAAAGUGAUGGGAAUGUGACUACAAAGAAGCGGAACCGCUCCAACAGUUCCAGACACCGCGGGGAGGUCGUCACCGAGCUGGGACCCGAGGAAGUGCGAUGGUUCUACAAAGAGGACAAGAGAACCUGGAAGCCAUUUGUUGGACACGACUCUUUGAAAAUUGAAGUCAUUUAUCGCAAAUUAUGUGAACUAAACCCCUGCAAGGUGAAAUGUCCCACCGAACCAGAGAACGCCAGUGGGUCAGCCACGGGGUCCGAGGCCCAACCGGAGGAUGUGGCGGAUGGGGGAGCUGUUCAAGCGGAUCCGGUAACAGGGGAAGGUGGAGGGGAGGGAGGAUACGAGACGGAUGACAUCGACCUGGAUUCCAUAAGUGUCAACGUUGAGGCUGUUUGCGUCAGAGGGGGUCUCUAUGAAGUGGAUGUCAAAGAGAAAGAAUGUUACCCCGUCUACUGGAACCAGCAGGACCGUAUUCCUGUGAUGAGGGGCCAGUGGUUCAUCGACGGCACGUGGCUUCCUCUGGAGGAGGACGAGAGUGACCUCAUCGAGCUGGAGCACCUGGCCCGUUUUCGUGGCCACCAGAUGAGGGAGAUCUACGAGACUGCCACCGAAGUGGUGACCACCACAGUGGACAGCAAGGACGCAAUCCACAGUUUGAAACUAAGCCGAAGCCAUGUGGACUGGCAGAGUGUGGACGAGGUGUAUCUCUACAGUGAUGCCACCACCUCCAAGAUCGCACGCACUGUCACCCAGAGACUGGGCUUCUCCAAAGCUGGCAGUAGUGGAACGCGUCUCCAUCGGGGCUAUGUGGAGGAGGCAGCGCCCGAAGACACACCGCCCGAAACAACACACAUUGUCUUUGUGGUGCAUGGGAUUGGCCAGAAGAUGGAUGAGGGCCGCAUCAUCAGGAACACAAGCAUGAUGAGGGACGCUGCUAGGAAGAUGGAGGAGAAGCAUUUCUCCGAUCGUUCCACAGAGCAUGUGGAGUUCCUUCCUGUGGAGUGGAGGUCCAAACUGUGCCUGGAUGGAGACACCGUGGACUCCAUCACUCCAGACAAAGUUCGAGGACUCAGAGACAUGCUCAACAGCAGUGCUAUGGACAUCAUGUACUACACCAGCCCCCUGUACAGAGACGAGAUCACUAGGGGUCUAACUCAGGAGCUGAAUCGGCUAUACACACUCUUCUGCAUGCGGAACCCCGAGUUUGAGGAGAGUGGCAAGGUGUCCAUCGUGUCCCACUCCUUGGGUUGUGUCAUAACCUUCGACAUCAUGACAGGCUGGGACCCCGUACGCUUCCGUCAUGAAGAACUAUCGCCGGACACAAAAGACAUGCAAGAGUGCUGGUCAAGCUAUCAGGAACGUCACCUACAAGAGGAGCUGAGACUCACACGACUCAGGUUACGGGAUUUGGAAAAUCAGUUUGCUGGUUUGCAAUCCCCAUCAUCUGAAGGUUCUUCUUCAGCCUUGAAAUUUAAGGUGGAGAACUUCUUUUGCAUGGGUUCUCCCCUGGCCGUGUUCUUGGCGUUGCGAGGGAUCCGACCGGGGAACAACGUGACCCAGGAUCACAUCUUACCCAAAUCCAUCUGCCAACGUCUCUUCAACGUCUUUCAUCCUACCGACCCUGUGGCGUACCGAUUGGAGCCCCUAAUCUUAAAGAACUACAGUAACAUUUCACCUGUCCAAAUACACUGGUAUAACACAAGUAGUCCGACUCCGUACGACCAGAUCCGUCCCACGCUUCUCAACCCUGCACUGAAGGAAAGUACAUCCGUCUCGGACACGGAGAGCCUCCCUAGCCCCUGUACCUCCCCCCCUCAGGCCCGAAGACACUACGGAGAGUCCAUUACGAACCUGGGGAAAGCCAGCAUUAUGGGCGCGGCAAGUCUCGGCAAAGGCAUCGGCGGGAUCUUCUUCUCCCGCUUCUCGCGCUCAAGUGGUCACGUGGGCGGCGUGGAGGAGGAGCCUUCCGACUCGGAGAGCGGGGUCUUGGAGGUGGAUAAUGCCGUGUCAGGGGAGGAGGGCGUGGCUGCGGAGUUAGUGGAGAAGUUAGCGGUAGUCGAGGAGACGAGAGAAAUAGAGCACUCCAUGUCUCGUUCCAGCUCGGCUAUCCUGGACAACACCACAUUGGAGUUGGAGAGGCGUAUUGACUUUGAACUGCGAGAGGGCAUGGUGGAGAGCCGCUAUUGGUCGGCGGUGACCUCUCACACUGCCUAUUGGUGUUCACACGACGUGGCACUAUUUCUUCUCACUUUCAUGUAUAGACAGGAGUAUCCCACUCAGCUCUCUGGGGAUAACCCAGAGUUAUCGUAACCCACAGCCAACACACACACAAACACACCCACUUGAUCUUGCAACCAGACCGAGGAGACAUAUCUGUGUGUCAGAGACCACUCCACAACCUGUGGUCAGCUGGUGGUGAUCUCGUCAGAGACCGUUCCCUUUACCCUAUGGUUCUAAUAGUGACUGUUCCUCUAAUGUUCCCAAUGCUGUCAAUUCAUCCACCCUGUGGGUUUAUUGAAUACCGCCUCCCCUCCAAAGCACCCACCAACCCCAAUUAAGACUGUUCCUCUUUCCUGUGAAUGUAAAUGAUGACUGUCUCUUGGACUGUGUUGGUGUCGGACACAGCUUUGACUCGGUCUGUGUGACUCCUGAAACUGUAGCCAUGGCUCAAGCCUAACCUCUCUCAACUCUGAGCAUCAACACUCAUUCAGAUGUUUAGCCGGUUGAGAGAGUUACAUUCAAAUCCAUCCUUUCAUGGUCUGAAUGCCUCAGAGAAGCACACUGAAACCCAUUCAAUUGCAUCGUUUGAUUUCAACCCGUCAGGUCGAUCAAAGUGGAUUGUUAUGGAAGGGUUGAAGUAGCCAGACGGAACACUGCACUCACCAUUGUUUUAUCCGUUCAGUCCGGUUUAACCUGGCUAGGGUUAAAGCCAAAUUAAUGAUGAUGACAUUGGAUGGAGCAUACUAAGACAAAAUGAAAUGCAGCUCUAUAUACUAACUGUACUGCUAUGACGAUGCGUGGAGUCGCCAAAUUAUGUUUACACUAACUGACUAACUGCAAGACUAGGCUGAAAGAUACUAAUGUUGGAUACACAACUUUAGCAAAGUUGCCAAAUACAGUUUUUGUUUAGCUCUCUCUUAUAACAGUGGCAGGUUCGGUCGGUUUUGCUGGUCCAUAGGAAGGCCACCGAAUUGCUUUGUUCUAUUGUGAAUUGUCCUGAUCGAAAAGAGCACUCCAUUUGUAAUACUAACACUGACAUGUUGCACAUAUACGGUAGCUUUACAUUUUUCUCCACUUUCUAGUCAGACAACAAACAGAGAUACGACAUAUCAGUAAAACAAGAGGAACACACACACACAUGAAGGACUCAAAACGUUUCAUGUGCAUCCACGGAACUAAACAGAGUUGCAGUGGAGAAGUCUGCAGAGUACACUCCUUAUUACUCUAACACUUUAUUUAAAUCAAUAACUAUUCGGGCCAAAAUGAAAACGAAGCAUGAUAUGCAGUAUGUACAUAGACAGGGAUGAAUAUGCUCUGCUUAAGAUUGUCUUGCUAGUAGUGAGGGAGUGUAGCAUGCCGGCUCAUUGAAAGCCACCUGGAGGGUUCCUCCAUGAUUUUUUCAAGUAAAAAAUAAAUAAAUGUAUUACACUAACACUGAAUGACAUCACUCAAAUUGGAUCUCUGCCAUAAUCAAUGAUCAAUCAAGCUUGCCAUCAGGAAGUUUUUUUUAAAUGUUUGGUGUCAUGUAUUUUGUACACAGUAUGUGUUAAGAGUAUGACUUUUUACUUUCUUGUGAAUGUUUGCUUUUUAAGUUCUCCUCAGAUGUGUUUGAGUGCAUCCCUUGUUAAGUCAUACUGUCAGAUUCCUAGGUAUGCUACUGUGUCAUCCCAUUGCAUCUGCGCUUACAAAUGCCUGAUUCACACUAUAUGGCCGAGCCGAACUGUACUGUGCUGGCACAGAUAUUUUCUUUUCACAUUGUCCUUUCUAGCCGUCAUUCCAGCAACUAUGGUGUAUAUGUAACCAGGCCAGUCCAAUACAGCUUGAUUAAGUUUGGCUCAGUAGUGUGAAAAGAGUAUUUAGAGAAUUUUGUUCGUGCUUCUCCUUGGUUUUGCAUAUCCUGGUUUACAUGUCACACUGUCACUGUUACACUCAAACAUAGCAAGCUGAUACCUCCUUCUUCCUUAUGAUACAACUUACCCAUUCAUGUGCCAUAAUGUUUAACUGACAUAGAUGUCUUCUCUUAAUUGUGCAUAGAGUUGUCAUUCGAGGCAAAAUGUACUGUACCCUAAGGGCAUUGAAUUGUGAUUGAUUGUGUUGUGGGUAGUCUAUUCUUCAGCUAUACUCCCAUUUGCCUUGCACUAGAGGACACUAUUUUUCUGUCAUGUUUCCACUUACUGCCCAAUCCACUGUCAUGCUCAUUGCUCACUCUUUUUAACCUGUGUUUUGUUCAAAUUAAUGAUGUAAUGUUUAACCUUGGUAAACCUUUUGUUAUACAUUAAAAUGUAUC